UAUUGCAGCAACAUGAUGGUCUUGAUCAUUUGGAUAUAUUGGAUCUUUCGGUUAGAGUGAUAAUUAUAUCCCAUUUGGAAAACCCAUUACCACUUGCUAGAUGUUCACAUGGUUGGUACGAUCUAGUGUAUUCCUCUGAUGUCAAGUCCACCUGGUUACUGAGCAGAUAUGGCAGAACUCAUGCAUUAUUUCAUGCUGUAAGAAUUGGUGACUCGUUUAUCACUCCUGAAGUUGUUGAACUUAUGCUUAAGAAAGGUGCACAGAUCAGCCAAUACUUCAUUCAGAGACUGGUGCUCGGAUUUGGCAAAUACGAUCAGAAACUUAUUAAUCUCAAGCUAACAUAUCACGUGAGACCGCCCAAUCCAUAUCAAGCUUCUAGCCCGUGGGCAAGCAAUCUUUCUGUCGAUAUCUUUUCCCAGCUUCUUAAAGAGGGUUAUGACCGAUUCGGUGAAAAUAAUAUUUCAGUUCAUGGAAAUGACAUGGAAUAUUUCUAUUAUCUCUCAGGCGGGCCAUUAGGAACCAGUCAAUCCAUAGUUGAAAUUCAAGAAAACUUGGAUGAAAUUAAAGAGUUGAUUCGAGUUUAUAAAUUUGCACCGUUUCCUCCUAGGCCAGGAAUCAGAAAUCCAUGCGAUGUAUCUGAUGGGUACACCGACAUCUUGCAAUGGAAUAUUAUUGCGCGAUCUAUUUUGAUCUGCCCUGAAUUGGUUAGUCUCUGGAAGGAAAAUGGAUAUCACGAAGUAGUGACCGAUACAAAUGAUAUCGUUAUACGAGAUUCGCUGUUAUUUCUUUAUCGACAUGAGGAAGAAUGGGCUUUACCUGGAUUAGAGCAAGUUGUCAAGAGAUUAAGCGACUUACAAUCGUAUGGUUUCAAAUUGACCGACAAGCUCAUCGGAGAUGCCUUAAGAUUAUUUGAACAAAGACUCGACUUCGCCAAUAUAGGCGAAACACUCGUUGAAGCCUUUACUAUUGUUCGUAACAAAAAGCUUAGUGAGGAUAUUCUUAUUAUUUGCCUAACGGAGUUGUUGCAUCCAGAAAAGCAUGUUGAACAAUAUGUUUCACUUGACUUCAUUAUUGGUCGUGUAACAAAACCUGAGGACAAAAUCCUCUAUAUACUUGAAAAGUAUGCGUAUGCGUACUCAACAAACAACGGCGUAUACGAAUAUAUGGUGGCAAAAUUUGGUGCCCAGUCUCGAGUCGCUAGGUAUUUGUACGAAUAA